AUGCUCACCACUGGUCAACUGGUCAGCACUAGUCAAGUGUUCGUGCAGAGGUGUCUAGCAUUGACGAUACCGAUCUGCUUGGUCCUGUCGGUCGAAUUCGGCGCGGUUCAAGCCGAACGAUGGUCACGACAGGUCUCGAACAGCGAAUGGAUCCCAUUACCGGAUCCCAGAGCCUCUCAAACCCAAAUUGAACAGAACAAUCCAUCGUCCGGAAUCGUGGCGAGCGGCUCCGCUCAACUGCCCCAACUCCCGCAACUGUCCUUGCCACCUACUCUUCAACAACAGUACCAGGAACAGCUUCUGCAGCUUCAGAAGACGCAGGAGAGCAUACAGAAGCUGUUGCUGCUGCAACAACAGCUCAGGACCCAGCAGCAGCUCCUUCAGUCACAAGCGUUCCUGCCCAGCGGAUUCAGUAAUCCGGAAGAGGACAAGCGACAGCAACAAGGUGGAUUGCACUCCCACACGGGGCCAGAUUUGGCUCCGGAGGAUUUGGUACCGCCGCUUCCUGCCACCGACGCUCUGCCACCGGUGUUCCCCGCGCAGAAUUUCCUCCCUCAAAGACCCAGGGCUCAUCCACCUCCACCUCCACCGAAACAGGACAGAGAAGGUCCCCAGGAGUACGCGACUCUGCCCGGUCAGAGCUUCAAGAACGGCCACUUGCUCCAACAGGGACAGAACGUCGACGUUGGACAGCUCGAACAGAUUCAGGAGAACCAGCGACCUGGGGCCAAACACUUGAAGGAUGGGAAUCAGGCGUUCUUCGUGCCUCAGCCCGAGCACUCGCAGGACGAGGAGGAAGAGGUGCAGCUGGUGUACGUGCCGGCGGAAACGCUGGCGCAACGAGGCCAGCCAAGAGGCCGCGGAAGGAAGCAGCAUCCUCAUCGUCAGCAGCAGCAGCAGCAGCAGCAGCUGGUGCAACAGCAGCAUCAACAUCACCGUGAGAACCAGGGGGUGGAGCAGGUCGGCAUUUCUCACGACCAGGACGCGUUCUCCCGUCAGCUGCUGCAGCAGAUACAGAUGGAACGCGAGGAGAAGACCCAGUUCCUGAAGGAGGAACGCAUGAAGGAGAUCGCCAGGCUGAACGAGGAGCAAAGGGCGCUGGAGAGGAAGGCACGGCUGCAGCAGGAGGCUCUUCAGCGGGAACAGGAGCUGCAGAGGCAACGGGAGGCUGAGAAGAAGAAAAAGGAGCUGGAGAGGCUGGAGGAGAUGGCCAAGCAACGAGAAUUGGAGAGGAUCCGCGAGGCCAGGGAGAAGCAACGUUUGGAGGAGUUAGAACGCAGAAGGUUGGCGGAGGUUCGCGCCAAGGAAGAGAAACGACGGGCUGAGGAGGCUGCCAGGCAGAGAGAGGCCGAGAGGCUAGCUGCCAUGGAGAGGCAGAAGGAGCUGGAGAUUCAGGAAGCCUUGAAGCAACAACAGCUCCUGGACAAGCAACGCGAGGACGAGGCAAGAGCGACCAGCGCUCUGAGCCAACACCAGGACGUGCAGUCGCAGGCUCUGCCUCUGAUCAGGGACCAGCAGGACUUCCAUCGUCAGCACGUGGGCUCGACGAAGCCGGUCAGGAGCAAGAUUCGCACCAGACACCGUCAGCGAAAUCAGUACCAGGAGCAACAGAGUUAUCGGGAACCGACCACCACCCCAUCACCCAACCAGCCACCCCUGUCCGUUUACAUGGGAAACUCACACUCGAAGGCAAACUCUGCCAGGGUGUCGGACGUUCUGAAGAUACUGAAGGACGCCAAGACGAUCGCUGUCUUGGACACCGUCGGCCCAGACACGCCUCAGGUCUUCGUAGGUCCGACCAGCUUGGACCCACCGCUCGGUUACGCCAAGUUCGACCUGCCUUAUCUCUCGUCCAUCGAUCACAACCGAGUGGAGAGGAAGGUGGACAAGUUGCCCUUCUUCGUAGCGCCCCUGAGCUUCGAUCCUCCGCCAGGCUACUCGAAGAUACCGUUCCCAUCGCCUCACAUAGGAUCGGUAGUCGUGAACACCUUGGACAACACCGAUCCCAAAGACGGCGACGAUCAGAAUCCCAGUCCCACGCCCCUCAUCGAGCCUAACUCUUACAGCGACGGACUCGACGGCGGUCUCGACCCCACGACUGCUCUCUACGAGCCUCAGACGACCGCUGGAUACUCCCAGGACGUGUCCAGCACCCCGUCGCCCGGAUACUCGGGGUCCAGGUUCAGGUUCAGGCAGUUCUACGGCGACAGCAAGCCAGCCUCCGUGAUCAGCACGGCUUAUUACGAGGAUCAGAGGCCCACCACGAGGAAGCACAAGUAUUACGACGAUGGUUCCAGGACCACGGAGAGUUCCGUGCAACGUCCCAGAGUGGAGACUUCGGUGAGCCAGAUAGAGGAUGUCUCGUACUCCACUACUCCCAGCUACAAAGACGUCGAUCCUCAGGAUCCCUCGACCAAGAAUCAGGAUUUAACUGCCCAGCUGGCGUUGAUAAACCAAGAACUGGCUCAGCAGAGAGAAUCUCAGAGGUACAAUCCCGGAGGGCAAUAUGGUCAAGACAAUUCCCACUCCACGUCCGGUCUGAGCAACAGUUUCGAGAGCGCAAUAACUGCUGGCGACCUGAACGACGUCAGAGCCCCCAUUGGACCCACUCAGUACAGCCUCCCGGCAGAGUUGCCAGCCAUUUCACCGCAUUUGCCUGGCCUGGUGAAUUCGUUAUUGGACAGGAACGAGGGUAAACUGCAGGCUAGCACCGUCGCCACACCCUCCACGACCCCAUCCACCACCACCACCAGUACUACCACCCAACGCACUCCUACGACCACCUACAGGACACGUGGACGCCAGAGGAACAGGGUCGUCACCACGAGACCGAGGACGACGACCCAGGCCCCGUCCACGAGAUCGACCACCGACAGAAACCGUCGACCCUACAACAGAUCUAGAUCCAGGUACACCACGACCACCGAGGAAUAUCGGGAGUCGGCGUACGAGCCUAGCAAGUCCAGGAUCCCGGAGACUACGUUGAAGUACAACACGGAGCACAGGAGGCCCUCCAGCAGGACGCAGAAGUACAGGAAUCGGGAGAAGACCCUUCACCAAGCUGAGCUGCUCGUGCAAAACCAGGAGCCGCAGACGCAGCAGACGUUCGAGAACCUCCCCCAUGGCGACUCGCCCACAACGGGGAACGCGUAUCUACAACCGAGCGGUCCAGACGGCAGCCUAAACGAUUUCUCCCCGGAGAAUUAUCCGUCUAGCACGGUGGUCAGCACCACGGAGAACUAUCCGACGUCGUUGCGGGACGCGACGGUGAACCACGGCUCCCCGUUGGUGUCCGACGAUUACUCGAGGCACCAGAACUACCCCCAGAGCCUCCCGGAGCAAUCAAACUAUCGCGGCGGCUACGAUCAGGCUACCCUGGAGCAGACCGGCCUCGAGAAGACCCCGGUGAACGGAUUUAAUUAUCAGGCGCAGAGCGGGGAUCCGUUGGACCAGGGUAUCCUACAGAGACCCAAGGACUAUCAGCUGGACGGCAAGGCGGAGAACAGCGACUACGAGCUGGCCACCACCGCCGAUCCGCGGUCCAGGAUACCCGACGAGCAACGUUACUCCUCCAUCUACGAGGUGAACGUGCCUCAGGGCCAGCCGGAGUACAGUUUGACCGGGCAGGACAAUCUCCAUCGUCUCGAGAGCGAGAAGAUCCAGAGCGCUGUCAUCCACAACGACCCCAACGAGCAGCCCAUCUUCGUCCCGCUGCCGGAGAACAAGCAGGAGGACUACGAGCUACCCGUCUCGUCCACCGAGGUCACUCUGUCCGACAUAACGACAGAGACCACCACGACCAGCACCACCCCCGUAGUGAUACGUCAGCGGCUCCGAGGACGCAUCAGUACUCGCGUGCACCACGAGCCGACGGUUCAGACGCAGAACAGAGGCUCCCAGGACGAAUACGUUCGCUUCAACGUGGUGAAUCAGGACUCCACCCGUACGUCGCACAAUCGACAAAGGAACAGACCCAGGACGCGUGCACAAAGCCACGGAUCCCAGGUGCAAACGGAUGGCAACGAGUACAUCAAGAUCCACGCGGUACAACAGCAGCGACAAAUCGCCACCACGACGAUAGCGCCGUCCACGAUCACGACGACCACACCCCCGCCGGAAGAAGACAUCGAUUACGGAUUUAUAAGACCGCCGAACUUCCGACCGGUACAUCCGGUGGACAAUAGGUUCCCGGCGCCUGUUACCUAUCGGCCCCAGCUUUCAGAGGUGCCGCAGCAAUCCCUGCUCCCCAGCGAGGGAAUCGAGUCUGUCGAAUCGAAUCCUCAGACACAGUUGCUGAAGACGCGUCAAAAGUACCAACCGACGCCUAAUCGUCGGCUGUCGGGGAAGCCCACCACUCUGCCACCUACGACAACGCCGUCUAUAGAGGCCGCGACCACCACGGAAAGAAUACCUGUUGCCACCAUAUUGCCGGACGACGCUAUAUACACGGUGAAAUCGAAGUCGCGACCCGACGAACCGAAACAGACGCGAGUAAGGAGCAGGAUCCGACGACCCGUGAAGAAACGCGUGACCACCACCAGCACCACAGAGUCCGUCCUGGAGGCGCACAACGAGCUACCCUUGGACGAGAAUUAUCCCCGGAUAGCCGGUCAGCCGUCCACCACCGAGCAACAACCGAAUCUCUACGACGACAAUUACGACGGGCAGUUCCCUUCGUCGCGUAAUCCAACCGCUCAUCAGUUCUACGAAUCGUCCAGCGAGAACUAUCCGUCCGAGUUCGUGCUGAAUUUCGGCAACUACCCCGAGCAGGGAUCGCAACGCGAGGAAUACGACCAGACGCAAUUGGCGAGCAACGCGCAGAGGAAAUACAGCCAACCGUCCCUAGGCAAGUCGUCGUCUGAGGACUCACGCUCGACACCCGCCGAUAUUUACGGCGCGGAGAGCCAGUGGUCGACGAAACUGACCAGGACCUCGUUCCAGCCGAGUCGUACAGCGAACCAGGUGGCCGGGGAGCAGGCCAAGGAUCGCGAAUGGUUUCACGAGUCCCUGAAGGACCUUGGCGCCCCGGAGAUAAUCACCGCCGGGCCGGAAGUCUCGUCCGUCACUCUGGUCGUUUCCUCCGACGACAAAAGGAGCAGCGAGGAGGACACCAGGGACGAGGAGUCGAUGCUGAUGGGCACCACGGACUUUGGGAGGAAAACGGCUGUCCAGGACCACACGGAGGAAGUCAGGACGACGAGCGUCACCGGUCCGCCGACCACGAUAACGCAGAACAAAUACGACGACCAAGCGGAGACCUGGCUGACGGACAAGGUGGAAAAUUCCACCGAGCAACAGACCGCUAUCGAUUUCGCCAAGAUACAGAAGAAACCAGCUGACCCACCCGCUGUUAGAAAGGUCGCGCGAAGGAGAAGAGUUCGCGUGCGCGUGAGACCAGCGGUGGACGACUUCGUGACAGCGGAGUCCCAGCACUUCAAUUCGGCGGUGAACGGUUUGGUUCGCGAGCAAUACAAGUACAGUAAGCAUCCCACGACCACGGAGUCGAGCUCGUCCGAGGAGUCGAUUCUGCAAGACUUUCUGACGGAGAUCCUGAAGGAGGGCAAGACUACAGCGAGGCCCACGACAACGGAGGCACCAGAGGCCGCAUGGACCAUGUCUCCUGCGAUGACUACGCCGAUAGUUAUCCCGGACGACGUGGAGGAGACGACCGUGAACGAGAUCCAAGCCACCACGAUGCCCACCACGGACAGGCUUCAGGAAACAACCACCAUGAAGUCCUCCUACGAGGACAUGGUCACGCAACCGACGUCAGAGAGGACUUCCUCGACGGAGGAAGACAAAGGCGACGGGGGAAAGAAGUUGACGGGUCAGAAUCAGUGGGAGAAGAGCGUCCAGGAUGCCUUGGACCUGGGUUUGCUCGCUGAGAAGUACACCGCGAAGGAUAACGACGUGGACAAGCCGAAUGAGGAGGAGUCCGUUCAGAGCGACGAGGACUCGGCCAGCACGCGAUCGAAGACGAUCAACAGCGACGAGAGUUUCGGGGGCCUCGACGAUGAGAGAGAAAGUGGCUCGGAGUCGUUCGAGGAGGACCAGGAGUCCAGGGAAGACAAUUACGCCCAUCCGAAGAAUCACAGGACCAAGUGGAGCGAGGUGAGGUAUCCCUCCGCGUUCGAUCAUUCUCUGUCACGGAAACGCGACCCUAAAGCCAGCGUCGAGCCCUCCAUACCGGGUCUGGUGACCAAGAACGAGGGCGACGCUAGCGUCAAGACGCUGUCGGAUUACGUGAAGGCGAUCUUCGAUACCAUGAAGAGCGUCGAGGAGGAGACUACGGUCGCGAACACGGAGAGACCGGAAACCACGACUACUUCGCAGAUCCCCACGGAGGCUGAGUUCUCGACGAAGGAUUCAGGCGUUCGUGUCACCACCGAAACGGUUAUUCCCACGACUGAGAAUCCAACGACCUUGGAACGAGUCGCCACGACGCCAGAGAUCGUCACGGAUCCACCCUCCACGACGACCCCAAAGCCUCUCAGCACCACUGCGGCGAGCAACGCGACCGAGACGAUCCUGGGGAAGGUACUACGGACGUCGACGACCACCAGGGUCUCCCACAUGACGGAGAUCUGCUACAGGGGCCGGUGCGUGAUGACCAGGCCCAGCCAGGACGAUCGGUUCAGAUGA